AUAUUACUUUCUUUCUUUUUCUUGUGUUGGUCCUUUGCUGUUGAUCUCCCAAAAUGUUGCUCCUUCUUGUGGUUUCUUUGCUGGUCACCUGCAGCAGAGCAGAGGAUAAAGAGCUCAUUUUCCCAAGACUGACGGAUAUCUCUGAAGCAGAAACCUUCAUCGACUCAGCUGAAGUUGUCAUCGUUGGGUUCUUUGAGGCUGAUGGAGGGCUGGGCUAUAAUGAGUUUCUGGAAGCUGUUAAAGUAGUGAAGUCUCUUCCAGCUGCCCUGUGCAAUGAGAAGGAGGUGUGGGCGAAAUACGGCAUUGACUCAGACACCAUCUCUGUCUUCAGGAAGGCAGAUUUGCACCAGGAGAACCUACAACCAGCCGAAAUGAAAAAUCUAGAUAAGGACAGAGUUGUUCGUUUCCUCUCCAUCAGCAACAUCCGAUAUAUCACAGAGUACAAUCAAGUGGUUCGCAAAAAUAUAACAUCUGCCGUGGGUCUGUUUCAGUCCAAAGUGAAGGUGCAUGUUGUGCUCUUUGCCAACAGGGGGAGUAAAAAUUACAGCGAAUUAAAGGAGCGAGUGGGGGCUUUGGGGCCUCGCUAUGCUGGAAAGAUGCUGUUUGUGCUGAUAAACGGGAAAGACGAAGCCAACGCUCGUGCCCUGGGUUACUUCAACCUAAAAUCAGGUGACCUCCCACGUGUCGGCCUCUAUGAUGCUGUAUCAGACAAAACGUGGCUCAUGGGACCAGGCGAGAUCUCCACUGAGCGUGUGCAAACUUUCUGUGACUCCUUUCUUAGUGGAGAGCUACAGAAGAAAGAGGAGACUGGAGAACCUGAAGUGAAGUCUGAACUCUGAAUGUCACCAAAAACAAAUAAAUUUUUUUUUACAACAUAUAAAUGUUUUGUUUGAUCCUAUGCGAGUGAGAGCGAGAGAGACGUUAAGUCAAAAAGCCAAAUAGUUUGAAACCCAGUAUAAAAUUGUGUUUAUUGUGUGUCCGAAAGAAACUACGGCGAUUUUCUUUUUUUUAAGGCCGAAUCUCUAUACUGUAUUAUUUACACUGGUGCGUGGCUUUCUCUCGGACCGCAGACGCUGGCAGACUGUUGAAAAAUCUUCGGCGGUAACUGAAAUACGCUGGCCUCAAACAUCGUUUAGUCCAGACUGUAUAAAACCUUAUAAAAAUUUCACUCAUUGCAAUUCAUUUACAGUGUAGUAAGAACAUGAUAAACAAUCCAGGUAGACUCUGCUAUAUAAUCUUUGGAUAAUUUUUUUCCAUAAGAAGAAUAAAAAUAAAAUAGUAGUAGUAUAGUAGUAGUAGUACUACAGUAGUAGUAGUGACAAAAGAGAUUUUUACCCCUACAUGUAUUUUCACAUAUUUUACGUGUUCACAUGUAGCAUGAAAUUGUGAACACACAAUUAGAAAAAACUUCUAAAAAUAUAGAAAACCGUCUCAUGCCUUAUAUUUAGAUUUGAUGUUGUCAUGUGUAUAUAUAUAUAUAUAUAUAAUCACUACCUGUAUUCUUUAAACCUUAUCCAUGUAAGUCACAUUGUCUAACACAGACUAUAAGAAAUCCAAUGCCACACUUUUCUUUUU